GGCGCUGCUGUCGAAAAGGAAACUUUUCGUUUUCUUUCUGGAAGUGACUUUGUUUUCUUCCCUCACGUAUUCCCAGACAACUCAAACUGUUACAGACAAUGCAACAAAUGCGACCACUGAUAAUGGGACUCUCACAACACAGGCCCCGGCGGUAACCACCGCGGCGGCUAGCGGCACGACCCCGGCAGUGAUGACUGCCGGGGCGACAGACCCACCGCCCGGGGUUGGCGAAGGCGAGACGCCCAUCGAACCAAACACAGAUAUUGGAACCUGUGUAUGUGACCUGACGGCAAACGCUUGUGACGUGAAUUGUUGUUGUGAUGCUGAUUGUACUGCAGAUGAUUUCUUGUCCUUCAGCGAGUGUUUAGACACUGUAAACAUAAUUAAUGACCAGGUUUGCGUCAAGUCUUCAGUCAUGUACACCCUCAAUGCACCAGCAAUGACGGUCGACAUCAGUGACCCAAGUUUUUUCUGCAUAGCUGUUGACAAUAAUGCGGGAAGAAAUUACUACACAGUGCCACAGGUAAUAGACUCGGUGGAGCGGUUCGAGGAGUUGGAAAAUCUGUACGGAUCCACAACGUUUGCUUUGCCAGAUGUUGCAAAUGACACGUACGGUAGUGUUUACAUGUUUGGAUACCCAAUCUACACCGUCUUUGAAAGCCUUGCCCUCGGUGUUCUUGGUCUCCCCAUCGCGAGUUACAGCGCCCUCUGUGAUGACAACAACCCUGCGAGCUUCCUCUCGGACCAGACAACUGCCUGUGGGCGACAGCUGACCGAUCUCAUGGCAGAGUGUGACACGUUGCCGUACCUGUCUGCUUUGACGUUUUAUGAUGGCUUCAAACUAUCACCGACUCCGGACUAUUUGAUAAGUAACCUACCAGUGCAGAACUACACGCCACCGUCAGUCAACGGCACAGUGGAGUUCUACAGCUUCUAUGUGAAUGAAUCCUUAAUAGAGCUUGUGGUACAGAGUCCAGUACUUUGCCAGGAUGCUUCAGGGAACCAGACCGACUGUGGGUAUGAUCCGGGCAUGGUACCGGCACCAGUCUAUGAUGCAAUAACUGGACAGUGUGAUAAUGUCGUACUGGAGGUUGCGUAUACAAUAACCCAGAAUGGGUCUGGACUAAUUGAGACGGCAGAUGUCCAACUGGUACUCGGUAGCAUCUUGCCUGGUGUCCUGCUCUUCAAUCAAAAGUUUUCAACAGCAUUUGUGAAGAUGGGUGAAUCAGGUACAUUCCCUCGGAGUGGUAAUCCUGGUUAUGUGGUAGGCAAGCCUCUGUUGGCGGGCAAUCUGGUCAGGCAGGUUGUCGACGGGAUAACAAGGUCCUCCAUUGAGCUAAGCAGUGACCCCAAUAACUGGUUGACGGUCAUCAAAAGUAAUGCCAUUGGAACGUGUGAGACCAACCCAGACAUCAGGACACCAGUGACCUUUGGGGAGGAUAUGAGAUCUGGCUGCAUGAUCAGGGUAACCUACAGUGACACUGCUGACAGUUGCUCUGUGAUUCAGUCUGCUGCCCUCAACGCCCUGAAUGGUGUCAUGCGCGAGUAUGUGGCUACAUUCGGCAACUCUGACGUUGAGAACGUCGGCGACUGGGUUCCAAUAAUUGUAGAGGACAUCGUAGGGGGCCCAUCAAGUACUAUUGAAGGGACAUGCAACAACAUGGUAAUGGGUGUUCAUAUUGAGGUGAUCUAUGCCAAUGUUGGGUCCCUAGCUAACCCACAACCGAAGAUCCUUGGGGUCAGGUACAACUAUGCGGAGAGCAGGACACUCAGAUACAAGUGUUCAGGUGCCUUCUGCCAGACCGGUCCCGACACCCUCCUCCAGCAGUUUGAAGUCGUCUCCUCUGUUUCUUUCAUCGAUGCCUCAACGGGACCGGCGGUCAUCCUCGCCGAGGACCCCGGCUUUGAGGACAAGCUCGCCAACGAUUUCUUCUAUCCAUUCUGAAAGGCAGGUGUUCGAUAGGCCUUAUGCGUCUAGUGUCGUAGUCGACUAUUGAUUGCUUAGUCGAGUCGCGUGUACAGUUUUUCAACUACUCGAUUAAUCGUUCCGCCACGACUAAUAACAAAUAAUCGCGACUAUUUCAAAAACAGUCGCGACUACCUGUUUGGUGAACCAAUUGUGUCGCUCACGACUAUUCACAACAUAAUUUACUUACAAAACACAAUCAGACAUCAAUGACAAAAUAAAAUCCUUCAAUCCUUCAGUGUGAAUUUUACUUUAUUGCGCCUGCAGCAAACAUUGCAUCUUGAGAAGUAAAAACAAGUCGCGACUAGUGUCGUCGUCACAGCUAUUUGAGGUGCGACUAGUCGAGUAGUAAACUGCACAAGUCAUGCAGGCCUAGUGUUCGAUGUUACAGUUCGAUGUGUUUGAUGUGGAGUUACUCUGGUUACGUCUCUCGAGUUAUACCACAAUUAGGCACAGUGCCAGGUGAUAAUGUACUCAAACCAUUACGAGACCAUCUGGAGUGUUGUGGCCGAGCGGAUUAGAGCACCGCACUCGAGCUCUGGCGUUUCUGUUUAGCAGCAGCAGAGUUGUGGUUCCUAUCCCAGUCCUUACACUUGUGUCCUAACCAAGACACCUCACCACAUACUUCAUCCUUUGGAUGGGACGUUAAGCCGAGGUCCUGGUGUUGUGUAAUGCACGUAAAAGAACCAAGCGCACUAAUAUCAUAAAGACAAUGGGUUCGCCCCGGUGUUUCUGGUUUGAUUGCGCAACAGCACCUUGGGAACCAUUAUGGUGCUUUAAAGGAGUAGGUCUCGUGCUUCAACACCACAUGCCUCGCAGGAAAAAUACUGAAUACUUUGAGACACCCAUAAAGCACUAUAAGAAUUGGGUUUUAUUAAUAUUAUUAUUAGGCGGGGUGGCCAGUUCAUAAUGUACUCAAAUCAUUAAGAUACUAUGUGGGGAGUCGUGGCCGCGCGGAUAAGAGCACCGCACUCAAGCUCUGGUGCUUCUGUUCAGCGGAGUGUGGGUUCGAGUCCUGGUCGUGACACUU